GUAGUGUUGUGCAACAUUUGCAUUUAGCGCGAAGUUUAAUGACAACCGGGGGAAAUUUCUGUUGUAUGAUGAAUUCAUGCUUCUACAACUCUGCCAUGGGACUAAUUUCAGCUUAGCUGACUCUUGCUUUAAACACAUACAUGCUAAGAUAGUGGUCUACAGUUCGUGUUUUAUAAAGUCACGGUUCAACAACCGCAGAGAGCCUCUGCUGUGGAGGCGGAGCGGGCUGAGUUUCUGGGUAACUGCGGGUAAACGCUAGCAACACAGAGGUGGUGACGGGUCUCAGCCAAGCCGAGGAAUCAAGGAAAAUGAGAAGGAGUCUUGCUCCCAGUCAGGUUGCUAAACGGAAGCAAGCAGGGGAUUCCUGCGAAGAUGAAGAUUGGACGUACAGAACUGAGAAAAGAAGAAAAGGUGAUAAUGAGACAAGAGAGAACCAUAUUUCUCCCUUCAGAAAACCUCUGACACAGCUCAACGACCGGCCUCCAUGUAUGGAUGGUGACAAACACGAAGCAUUUAUUCGAAGUAUCCUCUCCAAACCGUUUAAGAUUCCUAUUCUAAACUACACAGGCUCGCUGGGAAUCAGGGCACUUGGUCUAAAGCGUGCAGGAGUAAGGAAAGCGCUUCACGAUCCCUUCGCAGAAGAUGCUUUGGUUCUUUAUGAGCCUCCGACUCUGAGCGCUCAUGACCUGAUCAAAGCUGACAAGGAAAAAGUACCUGUCCAUGUUGUUGUGGAUCCAGUCUUAGGAAAAGUGCUCAGACCCCAUCAGAGAGAGGGAGUGAAAUUCCUGUGGGAGUGUGUGACAGGCCGACGCAUCUCAGAAUCAUAUGGCUGCAUCAUGGCUGAUGAGAUGGGCCUGGGGAAGACUUUACAGUGUAUCACUCUCAUGUGGACCCUGCUACGCCAAAGCCCUGAUGCUAAGCCAGAGAUAGACAAAGCCAUCGUGGUCUCACCUUCCAGUCUAGUUCGCAACUGGUACAAUGAAGUCGGAAAAUGGCUGGGAGGACGCGUGACACCAGUGGCCAUCGACGGAGGUUCAAAGGAUGAGAUCGAUAGACAGUUAGUGAACUUCAUGUCUCAGCAUGGUUUGAGAGUCCCGACCCCAAUCCUGAUCAUUUCAUAUGAGACAUUUCGACUGCAUGCUGGGGUUCUGCACAAAGGCAAAGUCGGACUUGUCAUCUGUGACGAGGGCCAUCGGCUGAAGAACUCAGACAACCAGACGUACCAGGCCCUGAAUGCCAUGAGUGCCCAGAGGAGAGUGCUGAUAUCAGGCACUCCCAUCCAGAAUGACCUGCUGGAGUACUUCAGCCUGGUCCACUUUGUUAAUGCUGGGAUUCUUGGUACAGCCCAGGAGUUUAAAAAACGUUUUGAGCUUCCUAUCCUCAAGGGCAGAGAUGCAGAUGCCAGUGAUAAAGACAGACAGACAGGAGAGGAGAAACUCAAGGAACUGAUCAGCAUCGUCAACAGGUGUUUGAUUAGGAGAACAUCUGAUAUCUUGUCUAAGUACCUUCCUGUGAAAAUUGAGCAGGUUGUGUGUUGCAGACUGACUCCUCUGCAGACAGAGCUCUAUAAGCGCUUCCUGAGACAGGCCAAACCUGUUGAGACAUUGCAGGAGGGAAAAAUAAGUGUCUCCUCCUUGUCCUCUAUCACGUCACUGAAGAAACUGUGCAAUCACCCAGCACUCAUCUAUGAGAAGUGUGUGGAGGGUGAGGAGGGCUUUGAGGGGGCACUGGAUCUGUUUCCACCUGGCUACUGCACUAAAGCUGUGGAGCCUCAGCUCUCUGGGAAAAUGCUGGUUCUUGAUUACAUCCUGGCAAUAACAAGGACAACAACUAGUGACAAAGUGGUGCUUGUCUCCAACUACACUCAAACACUGGACCUCUUUGAAAAGCUGUGCAGAUCUAGAAGAUACCUCUAUGUUCGACUGGAUGGCACAAUGUCCAUCAAGAAAAGGGCCAAGAUUGUGGAAAGAUUCAACAGUCCCUCUAACCCAGAGUUCAUCUUCAUGCUGAGCAGCAAGGCUGGUGGAUGUGGCCUGAAUCUGAUUGGUGCUAAUCGCUUGGUGAUGUUUGAUCCUGACUGGAACCCAGCCAACGAUGAGCAGGCAAUGGCUCGGGUGUGGAGAGACGGACAGAAGAAGACCUGCUACAUCUACAGACUACUCUCUACAGGGACAAUCGAGGAGAAGAUCCUGCAGAGGCAGGCCCAUAAGAAAGCUCUGAGCAGCUGUGUGGUAGAUGAGGAGCAGGACGUGGAACGUCACUUCUCUCUGGGUGAACUCCGAGAACUCUUCGCUCUCAACGAGGAGACCGCCAGCGACACACAUGACAAGUUUCGCUGUCAGCGCUGUGUGAAUGGCAGAGAGGUUCGGCCUCCUGCAGAGGACUCUGACUGUACCAGUGACCUUUCUCAGUGGAACCACUGCUUCAGCAAGAAGGGCUUGAGGGACCAAGUGUUGAAGGCCUCCUGGGACGCUGCGGUCUCCUUCGUCUUCCACCAGCGCUCUCACGAGGACCAGAGAGGUGUACUAUAGCAGGAGGGACACAACAGACUUUCUAUCAAACUACCAUCUGUAUAUACUCAUAUUUAUUUGUUGUUGAGUUUUUCUGUUGACUUUUCUUAUUAAAGCAGAAGGAAUAAAGGAGAA